AUGCAUUUUAAAAAAUAUUUAGCUAUUUUUGUAAUAUUUGCAAUCUUUGCAAUUCAAUUUACUGUACAAAGUUCUGAAAAUGAUGUUUCUACAAGCAAUGAAUCAAAUGAAGAAAAAACUAAUUUAUUACAAGAGAAAUCAUCAUCAAGUUCUUCCGAAGAAAACGUUGUUACUAAACUACCCCAAGUCCUUGAAAAUAAUGAAGAAACAACUAUAGCUACUAGUUUAAAAGAAAAACCAACAAAAAAAGAAACUAGUUUUAAAUCUAAAAUGACCAAUUUUGGAAAAAAUUUAAAAAAUAAAUUAAGUGAAACAAGUGAAAAAUUUAAAGCUAAAUUACAAGAUACAGGAGCAAAAAUGAAAGAUACUGGAAAAAGAUUAAAAGAAAAAACUGUAGAUUCACAUGCUGGAAAGAAAGCUAAAAAAGUGGCUGAAAAUGUUAAAAACAAUUUACAAAAAUUUUCAUUAGGAAUUAAAGACAAAUUAGCUAAACUUUUUUAA